AUGUACGCAGGUCUCUUUAAGAAGCGGCCACGUGAAGCCGAUGCAGCUUCCCACGGGAACGCACCGGAAGACAGUGGGGAUGCAUCGAGCAGGGCCGCCGGCAUCUCGUCACCCACGCUGUCUCCCCGCACUGUGUACCACUAUCCCUCGAUGCUGCCAUUCCCAACGGUGAUAGAUUCUGAAUUUCCCGCUGAGUCGUAUCGUUCCCGCAGCAAAGACGUAAAGGCGGCUAUUCAUUGGGGCCAGCGGAAACUCUUACUUUCUGAGAUUCAGCUCCUCUCCAUAUAUGCUCGGCCGAAUGUGUCUUAUCACAUUGUCUACGCAGGGUCAGCCCCCGGAACUCAUCUUGCAUUUCUUGACGAACUGUUUCAGAGUCGACACACCUGGGAACUUGUGGAUCCGGGAAGAUUUGAUCGGCCCGUGCUGGAGUCACGACCGAAUUUUUCUCUUCGUAACGAAUUUUUUACAAACGUGACAGCCUAUGGCAUUAAUGCGCGCCGUCUUUUGGAGGUGCUUCCUGGGCUGGGAACCGUUUACCGUUGUGUUGCCCUGGACGGUGCGUGGUCAACAAAGAAGGAAAUCCACCAAAAGCUUCAGAGCAUCGUUGGAACGAUUGAUGUGGCCCGUGGCACGGAAGAUAUCCCAUCCAUGUACGAACCGCGGUUGGAUCUUCCCUUUGGCUUUGAGCUUCUUUGCUACGUUGGUAUGGAGCGAAGCAAGCC